AUGGGCGUGAGCUACACUGUUGCUACGAACAUGCAGAAGGCUAAAGAGGAUACCACCGUGGCUCUGAGAGAACUACUAUCUCAAUGGGAUCGAAGGAUGAAGGGCGUCACCAGGAAACAACUCGAAGAUGCCCUGAACGGAGCAGAUGUCGCUUCCUGUAGCGUGAUAGCCGCCACGCCAAUGGUAGCCGGAGAUGGCGCUGUUCAAGAUACUACAAAUCAGGUUAUCAACCAAUCAGACCGAUCGGACUCAGUACAGACGAAUGAAGGAGCUUCCCGGAGAGCGGUAGCCACAACGGGAAUGGUAGCAGGAGAUGGCGCUGUUCACGAUACUACAAAUCAGUCUAUCAACCAAUCAGACAGAUCGGACUCAGAACCUACGAAUCAAGGAGAUAUCUACAGUGAGAAGAUCUCGGAAUCCUUGACUGUUCAGCAAUGUCGCGAAAAGUUAGAGAAAAAGUACCUGAAUCAACUGUGCAAAAUUCAAAUGAAGCCAUGGGAUCGCAAUGACUAUGCUGAGUUCGAAGAUAUGCACACGGUUGUCACAAUGGUGAAGAAGGACGCUCGUGGAAAAGACACAAAAAAGAAGGAAAUACUCCAGAAUUCUGUAGCUGAAAUAUUUUCAACGAAAGUAAACGGCAAACUGCCAGCUCGAAUCCUCAUUUCGGCCCCGGCUGGACGAGGGAAGACCACGGCUGUUGCCAAGAUGGCUUAUGACUGGGUUAAUAGAGAAAGGGGGUCAGCAUUAGAACACCUGCCACUGUUGUUUGUUGUGAAAUUCCGAAACACAAGUCAGCUUUCAUCGAUCGGAGAAGCCAUCAAAUCCCAGCUUUUGAGUGAUGUUGAUGAUCUCACAAAAGAGGGUCUGGAGAGUUUCAUCAGAAAGAAUCAGGGCAUCUGCCACAUAAUACUAGACGGACUAGAUGAAUAUGCGGGUAUUUCUUCUUCACAGCGAAGCUCAGAGAGCAAUAUUAUCAAGGUCAUCUGUUUGGAGGAAUUUCCAGAUUGUCGAGUCCUUGUAACAACACGCCCUCAUCUAGAGAACUUCUUCGAUCAAGAUGAUCUUCCAAGGGUAUACACAAAGAUGUGGAUCGAAGGAUUCUCGCGAGAGAGCUCAUGCGAGUACAUCAACAAGUUCUUUGCUUCGACUUCGAAUCCUUCUAAGGGACAAAGUCUGAAGAAUUACCUUGAUGAGCAACCACUUAUUGAUGAACUUGUCAAGACACCCCUAUUUUGUCUCAUGAUCUGUCACGUAUGGAGUGAGGGCCUACUGGACAGUGGUACUACAACUCAAACAGAAUUGCUGGACAAGGUGAAUGUUUUUCUAAUGCACUAUGCAAACGAACGAUCGAAGUCAAGUGUUAAAAUCACACAAGAAAAGUUAAAGGAAGUAAUUUAUCAAUUAGGCGAAGUUGCCCUUACUGGUCUUCUCGACGAUGCCAAACAACUAGUCUUCACGCCUCAUGACUUCCGUAAAGUUCCCGCAACCCUUGAUAUGGCAUGUGAGCUUGGGAUAGUAUCCAAGACGACUGGUAACAUCAUGCGACUUCCUCAGUCCAACGAGACCACUUCCACUACCAUUGAGUUUUAUCACAAACUCGCCCAAGAACACUCCGCCGGGAAAUUCCUCGCUGAUCAAACAAACCGCUUUCUGUUACAUUUAAAGAUUUCCAAAUUGGACAGAGUACUGCGCAAGAUAAAAUCAAACAUAUGUGACUACGAGAAUCUUAUCCGAUUCGCUGCUGGCACUGACAACAUCCUCUGUAUACGAAUAAUGAAGGCGCUCCUUAAAAACAGCUUUUUGGAUGAGAGCGAGCGUUAUCGCAUUCUCCUUGACUGUUCAUCAGAGACCAAGGGUACUCAACAAAAUGUAUCUUCGAUGGUUCAAAGAUGUGUCAAUGCAGAGAGGAUUGUUCUGAAGUCACCGACUGUCUACACCGUCGUUGGGAUGCAAAAUCUUCCAAAGCAACUUAAACGUCAGGUUUGCACAUUUUAA